AUGACGAGCUGGGUGGCUCCGCCACCGAGGUUCUCUCACCCGGCGGCGACCCCGUUGGCGGUUCCGACGACCGGGGACGAGAACAUGGAGCUCAUCCAGAACUGGGUUGAGACGAAAGUGGCGAGGGAGAACCCGGUGAAGAACCUGACGAGGAUGAACGAAACAGUGGAGGAAACCAUGGGAGUGAAGAACACCGCCGGAACGGUGAUUAGGACGAGGGAAGCGGAGGCGAGCCGGGGGCCCACCAGGUCGCAGGCGGUACCCAUCACGAUGCGAGCAAAAGCGGCGCCAGUGACGGAGGCGAUGCCGCCGUACCCGAUAUCAACCCAGUUCUGGAUGAUUGGGAGUAAAGGAGGCGCGGCGAAGGUGGAGACGAAGCAGGCGAAGAAGGAGACCCAGGAGAGAUGA